CAAACGCACGUUUAGAAAAGAAGCGCGAGUUGAAAUGUACAAAAUAACAAGCGGCUCCUCUCCGGUUUUCUCUCUGUUCACUAACGAAACUGAGGCUGUUUAAAGUGUUUUCUUCAGGAUGUCAUCGCUGAAGCCGUUCAGUAAACUGCCUGCGUUGAACUCAGCGAACAUCUUGCUGGUGGAGUUUGAGGAGCAGUUUCAGCUGAGUUUAGCGGACGCUCUGGUGGAGGAGACUGCUGUCACUGUAAAUGUGAGACUAGCUAAGAGUCUGCCGCUGCCCAAGGAGAAUGAGGAGAGCCGUCCGAGGAUAGACCUGGUGGUGUUUAUCGUCAACAUGAUGUCAGAGCUCAGUUUCCAGUCAACAGAAGCUUCUCUGAAACAUUUGGACCCUGGGUUUUUCCUCGGAAAAGUCUGCUUCAUGGUCACUAACGCUCGUAAUGCUUCAGUCCCCACAGAGCGACUGGACUCUGUCAGAAAACUGGCAGCGUCGCUUCACUGCCCCUUGCUGUUUGCAGAGGAUCAGACACCUGCAGGUGUGACCAAUGCUACAGAGAGGCUGCUGACCAUACUGAAGGUGACGGCGGGUCACGUUCCCAUGGCGACCGCUCUCUAUCUGUCCAACCUGACUCGCUGCACUGUGCCCCCAGACAUCGACCAGCCAUCCUUUGAUUAAUUCAGACUUUUUCAUGUAUAUAUUUAUUAUUAGUAACCUGGCGCUCCAGCCUGAUAACACAUCGGGUAUUCUCUCUGUUGUUUCCGUGUUUUGUGUUUAGGCUUUUUGGCUGUUUCUGUUUUCUCCCUGCGAUGACGUUGUGUUUUCAUUAAGAGCAGAACCGGCACCUGAAGUGUGUCAGGGGAAUAAUAUCUCCUGAAGACUGAACAAAGAGUCAUGACGAGCAGGUUAAAGGACAGCUUUAUGUCCGGAUAGUUAAAAGGCAAAGCAAUCUUUUCAACUAUCAAAUUUCCUGACACGUGACAGCAGAAAAACCCAGUGCAAGUUCGACAAAUACAUCAGCUGACAUAGUUUCAGAGUGCUGUUAGCAUACAUGCUAUUUCACUGUCAUGUCUUUCUGGUAAAAAACUGAAUAGAAUAGUGCCAUCGGAUCGUCUUUCCUUCUCUACUAUAAAGCUCUGUAUUGAAUGACCACCAGAUUUAUUUUUUGACAGUUCAACCCGCAGCAGAGAAAUGUAACCAGUGCAGUGACCUUUUGAGAUUCAGGUCUCAGAGCUAAAUGACCUUUUUGUGUGUGGAAUACAACAAUGAAAAACUAAUGAUCACAAAGGGGAUUUUUGAGGGCUCUUUUAACGGAUUAAACUUUCCUCUGGACGGAGCAGAUGUCACGCCACUGCCUCCCGCUGCGUGAGUCUGACAACUGUAGAGUGUGCCUGGAGAAAACAUGCUUGGUGUCACGUCUGCAAGCAUGCAAAUACCCACACACACUCAAACACUAUUAUUAGUUCAUUAUGGCAAAAAUCCAGCGUUCGAGUUAACCAGGCGCUUCUAUGACAUCACCACAAACUCAAACAGCAAUAAACAUCAGUAUAUUGACUCUCUUGGCUCUAUUAUAAAAGUAUAUCAAAAUAAAAAUAAGCUAUUGGUCAGUCAACAAAUAUAAAUAUGUCUUUGCAUUUAUGGAAACAUGAUUUGGUUAAAUGCUGCAGAAGGUCAUUGGGUAAGUUGGCCAGUGUUUUAAAAGCCUGGCCUCGUGAGCUUUUACAAAUUUUUGUGUUGUGACUUCUGCAUUUGCACUACAUUUAUACCACCUCAGGCCACAGUGAGUCAGAGAGUAGGUCAGAGCACAGGGAUAUCUGCAUUGCAGCUCCUUUAGUCAAUGACAACUCCAGUUCCUGGUCUCCUGCUUAAUACUGAGAGUUACAUCAUCACCACGACUCUGUUCAAGUAAAAGAUGAGAAAUCAACUUUUCAGUCUGUGCUCAUCAGCGACUUUAAGUGUGCUGUGUGACAACAGGACGUGGGAUUUAAUUAAGAUGACAUUUAAACAAUGUAGCAAAUCAGAAAAGGAGGAUGACUAGUAAUGGAGAAAUAAAAGGAGGGGAGGAAAUUUACAGAAGGUUGAAUGAGUGAUAAGCUCCCCAAUACGGCUGCUGUGACUCUGCCAAAAGGCUCUGCUCCAUCACAUCCACAUUACAUCAGGUGUUAACACUUUAAAGAUAACCCUGCACGUGAGGACAUUGCUGAGGGUGAUGAGAUCAAACUGGGUGUUUGUGUUCAUGAAAAGAGAUCUUGUUGCCUCAACAUGUUUUGUAUUGUAAUGAGUUACCAGUCUUACAAAAAAAACAUGUGCAACUCUAUUUCCCUCAGCAUAGGGUUCACAUUAGUUUGCAUAAGUAAUAGACCCUUCAAGUGUUUUGUCUACCAGUCUAGUGCUAUUUUUAUUCCGUUUUUACUUGUGUAAGCAGAAGAACAAUUCAGUGGACGUGAUGGAGCAUGUCCUGGCUCUUGCUGCCCAUUGCUCUACAUAGCUGGGUUGUGGGGGGCCAAUAGGGUCCAUGUGGUAGUGAAUGUAGUUUAUGUACUAGGAGCGAGGCUGGCUAGCUCGUAUAAACAAAGUGGUAGGUUAUUUGAAUGAUCGGUAGAAUAAUUGUGAUGUGAUUUUUCCUCACUGAGCACUCGUUCUUCUCAUUAUAGGGACCAAGUAUGUUGAAUUUAUGAAACAUUCUACAAUCAGAAAAGGAACAAAACUCAGAUCUGAAAAUAAAACAAUGAGCUGAGUGCA